AUGGCCUUGCUCGAAAGCGUCUGCCCCGAGCUGAAUCUUGUCGCACGCGGCAAAGUUCGUGACUUGUACCGCGUCGACGACGACUCGUUGCUUUUUGUCGCGACGGACCGUAUAAGUGCUUUUGACGUUAUCAUGAAGAACAUGCCCGCAAUAGUACAAAAAUACAAGGAUCAACUUGAGCAUCGAUGCCUACUGGUAAAAAAUUUGAAAGUUUUUCCAGUUGAGGCCAUUGUACGAGGUUACAUCACCGGCUCCGCAUGGUCUGAAUACAAAAGGAAGGGUAGCGUGUGUGACAUUCCUCUUCCCGAAGGGCUGUUAGAGUCUCAAAGUUUUGACAAGGUCAUGUACACACCAAGCACAAAGGCCGAAAUCGGUCAACAUGAUGAAAACAUCCAUCCUAGUAAAGUGCCUGAAAUUGUUGGGGAAAAGUGUGCCCAGGACAUUGCUGAACUUUCGGUCAAACUAUAUUCUAAGGCGAGGGAUUAUGCAAUAGAAAAGGGAAUUAUCAUUGCCGACACUAAAUUCGAAUUCGGUGUUGACUCUGGCGGAAGGUUACAUCUUGUCGAUGAAGUCCUGACCCCUGAUUCUUCACGGUUUUGGCUCUCCGAUAAUCACGAAGUUGGUAAGAGUCAGGAAAGGUAA